AUGGCUCAAGUUACAAGCGAUACAAGUGAUAAAACCAUGACACAAAUGAUAGCGACUCCGACACCUCCAGGAAGUAAUGAAGACAAUACACGAUCACGUAAUCGUUCGUCCAUGACUCGUCGAAGUGUUUUGCCUGUCUUAAAGUUUUGGAAAGCUUUUGAUCUGGAUAGUAAGCGUGUGUUGCUUGAUUCUCAAGGUAGCACCAUGAAGAGCGAUAAAGAGGCCAGUGUACGCUCACGUAAGAAACUGGCAGAGACAACGAAGCAGUUCAGACGAUUGAAUUCUGAUGCGGAUAGGGCAGCGGGCGCUGGACCGUUACUUAAAGCUUAUCAGGAGGAGAUUGAUCAUCUUACGCGUCGUGCCAAAUUUUCGGAGAAUGCUUUCUUUCAAUUGUACAAGGGACUUUAUACUGCCCCGGACCCUGCUCCAGCUUUAGCACUUGCUUCUUCAGAUUGUGAAAUGGAUGAUGUGAUGGAAGAAAAUAAGACGCUACAGCGAGAAUUGAAGGAAUACGAAGCGGAGUUUGCUACGCUAAAGAAUCAAGAAAUUACUAUUCGAAAGCUAGAAGAGCAAGUUGCUGCUGCUGCUAGAGGACAAGAGGAGAUCAUACAUCGACAGGUGGAACAACGAACGAGGGAAGUGGAUAUUCAGUUGGAAAAUGCACGAUUGGAAUGGGCGCAGCAGCGACGUGACUACGAGCGUCAACUGGAAGCUUCACGCGCCGAGUUGCGUGAAGCAUUUGCACGACUGGAUGCGAUGCAAUCGGAUUUGUUUGCGCACAAACAGCGCUCAGGGCUUGCACGUAAAGCAUUAGACGCUGAGAUGGAAGUCAUUUCGCAGGAAUCAUUAUUAUUACAGACACUACAGUUGGAAAAUGCUCAGCUUAAGAAUCAGCUCGAUGAGUUGCGUAGUUCGUCAACGACCUUGGAGACCCAUGACAAACGCUCCAUGGCACCUCCAAAUGCAGACACAGAAGGAGGCGAGACCAGUCAGUUGGCAAAGGAGAUGCAAGCGGAACAGAAUACAGUUGUCGCUACGCUACGCCAGGAGGUAAUCCGUCUUCAGGAGGCGAACGCGACAUCCAGUGCAGCUGCAGCAGAAGAAUUGACGAGACUGAAUAGUGCUCUGGAGAAUGCUGAGCAAGUUACAAAGGAUCUAGAAGCUCAGCUGGAAGCGCGUCCGACACUCGAGAAAUUCCACGAGGUGACUCGCAAAUUGCGUGUUUUACAGCAACUGGAGUACAAUGUUGUCGAUGACGACGAUGAUAGUAGUAGACCGCCAAGUUUAAAAUCUGCGGAGGACGACGGAGUUGCAGGUGGAUUGGAAGCGGCUACUGUUGAUGUGGAGAAGAUUCUUGUGUUUCGCGUACGCCGCUUGGAGCACUCGCUCCAAGAAUGCGAGCGGUCCCUACAAGCUCGGACAUUGUUACUACAAGAGGCUCAGGGUGAUCUUCAUAACCGUGACGUUACAAUUCGAGAGCAGGCAACGCUCAUUCGUAAUUUGGAGGAGAAUGUAGCUGCGCUUGAGAAAGAUCGACGAAAUUGCGCGGCGGGUGUAACCAGCGGUGACAUUGGCUCGGAAAUUCUCCUGGAUGCCAUGGAAGAUCAAUUUACUGCAACCUCGACUUCUACUCGUGGUAAUGGGGUAGCAGCAGCAAGAACGGACGCUGCGACUUGGAACUCCGCCGCAUCGUCGGAUAACAAGAUGCUUGAGAUCGUUCGUGGCCAGCGUGAUCGUUUUCGCGAGCGAAUGAAAGAGCUACAAAGCGAAAAGAAUCGCGUGGAAGAGCUUGCGCAGUCGUAUAAGAGCACGGUGGCACGUCUUGAAACCGACAACAUGCAGUUGUAUCACAAGAUCCGCUAUCUCCAGAGUUACAGUGGCGACAACAAGGCUGCAGGUGCUCGCAUUAAGCCUAGUUAUGCUGGUCUGGAGGAUGGUAUUGCUGGAAUAUCCGACGUGGAAGCUCGCUACCGUGGCAUGUAUGAGAAAAAGAUGAAUCCAUUUGUGCAAUUCAACAAGAUGGAGACCCAGCAGCGUUUUACGAAUUUGAAUCCAGUGGACAAGAUCUUGCUGACGAGUGCCAAGUUGUUAUUGGCCCACCGCAUUACUCGUAACAUGGCGUUUGGAUACAUUUUGGUACUCCAUUUCCUUGUUAUUGCCACUCUGUAUUCCUUCAUGCAUGUAUGUGGCGUCACGAAUGACUCGUAA